CUCUUCUUGCGGAUUGGAAUUCGUACGCGUCAGAUAAGGCUUCUGAAGGGAGCAGCAACACCAGGGGAGUAUUCGAUCUCGAAGCCGCUGUCAGGACUGCAAAUGAUACGGUCACAGGCACCUUCAACGUAUCGGAAUAGCUAGAGAAUGCUAAGGUCGAGAGUUUUGUAUUCUCUUAAUUUUUUUCCUUUUCUUCUUCUUCUGGAUUUCGGUUUGGUUUUAAUGGAGAUUUUAAUUUCUCAAUCAGUUUACCUGGUGCUUUAUUUGAGAAGGGUGCUCUUAAUCUCCGGGUUGCAUUGAGUAAUGUGAAAGCACAUGAUCUCUAAGGAGUAUUAUCUAUAAUGUUUUACAUGAAGAUUUUAUGGCUUCCUGGAUGACGAAAGGUGUGCGGGAUUUACCUGGAAAUUUGCAAUCAGCUACUAGUAACUUUCCUUCUGGAAAAGCUUUAAUGUACUUCGGGAUAUUCUUGGCCACUGGAGUCUUCUUCAUUUUCAUUGCAUUCACAAUGUUCCUUCCUGUCAUUGUUUUGGUACCUCAAAAAUUUGCAUUAUGCUUUACUCUGGGAUCUGGCUUGAUUAUUGCUUCAUUCUUUGCUAUGAAAGGUCCAAUGAAUCAAUUUGCGCACAUGAUAUCCACAGAGAGGCUUCCUUUCACGGUGGGAUUCCUUGGUACCAUGGUGGGUACUGUAUAUGUCUCCAUGGUGCUUCAUAGUUACAUCCUCUCAGUAAUCUUUUCUGUGCUUCAGGUGAUGGCACUAGCAUACUAUGCAUUUUCCUACUUUCCUGGUGGGUCAAUAGGAAUGAAGUUCAUGUUUUCCACUGCUACGUCUUCCAUUCUAAAAUGCUUUGGCAUGUGAUCAUAGAGGUAAUCCUUUUUUUUUCUCAUAUCAACAUCUUUGUCUAUGCUAACAAUCAUUUUUUACUUUUUUUUAUUGGAAACUAUUAUUUUGCCCCUUUAUAUUGUCAAAUAUCAUAUAAUUCUUUUCUAUUAUGAUCCA